UGCGCUGCGUCAGAGCGCCGGGCCGCGCUAGUCAGUGUGUGGCCGGCUCCGGGUGCGGACGCGCUCCGCCGUAAUGGCCUCAACCGCCGCACACCCGGGCCCCCCUGCCGCUGCUGCAACAGCUGCCGCCCCGCCAGCUCCCACCGCCCCUGGCAUCCUUAUCGGUGACCGGCUCUACUCGGAGGUGUCGCUCACCAUCGAUCACUCGCUCAUCCCCGAGGAGCGCCUCUCUCCCACUCCGUCGAUGCAGGACGGCCUGGACUUGCAGUGUGAGACCGACCUGCGCAUCCUGGGGUGCGAGCUCAUCCAGGCGGCCGGCAUCCUUCUCCGCCUGCCGCAGGUGGCGAUGGCGACGGGGCAGGUGCUGUUUCAUCGGUUCUUCUAUUCCAAGUCCUUCGUCAAGCACAGCUUCGAGAUUGUUGCCAUGGCCUGCAUCAAUCUUGCAUCCAAGAUAGAAGAGGCACCUCGUCGUAUAAGGGACGUGAUCAAUGUGUUCCAUCAUUUACGUCAGUUAAGAGCAAAAAGGACUCCAAGCCCCCUGAUACUUGAUCAGAACUACAUAAACACCAAAAAUCAAGUAAUCAAAGCAGAAAGAAGGGUACUGAAGGAGUUGGGAUUUUGUGUUCAUGUCAAGCAUCCACAUAAGAUCAUUGUUAUGUAUUUACAAGUCUUAGAAUGUGAGCGUAACCAAACCCUGGUACAGACAGCCUGGAAUUACAUGAAUGACAGCCUUCGAACAAAUGUGUUUGUUCGCUUUCAGCCAGAGACUAUAGCAUGUGCUUGUAUUUAUCUUGCUGCUAGAGCUCUGCAGAUUCCACUACCUACCCGUCCUCACUGGUUCUUGCUCUUUGGCACCACGGAAGAGGAGAUUCAGGAGAUAUGCUUAACGACUCUUAAGCUCUAUACCAGAAAGAAGCCCAAUUACGAGUUUCUGGAUAAGGAAGUAGAAAAGAGAAAAAUGGCACUACAGGAAGCUAAACUAAAGGCAAAAGGUUUAAAUCCAGAUGGAACUCCAGCACUCUCAACACUGGGUGGCUUUUCUCCUGCAUCAAAACCAUCUUCCCCGAGAGAAGAAAAAGCUCAAGACAAGAGUCCAGUAUCUCUGAAUACCAAAACCCUUAAAAAAGAUCCAGAAGAGAGGCAGCAAGCUUCAAAGAGCCCUUACAAUGGCUUGAGAAAAGAAAGCAAGAGAAGUAGAAGCAGCAGAAGCGCGAGUCGAUCUCGGUCAAGAACAAAGUCACGGUCUCGAUCUCACACUCCUAGGCGGCACUACAAUAAUAGGCGGAGCCUGUCUGGGACAUACAGCUCAAGAUCGAGAAGCAGGUCCCGCAGUCACAGCGGCAGCCCUCGCCGACACCACAAUCAUGGCUCACCCCACCUGAAGACCACCAAACAUGGCAGGGAGGAGCUGAAGAGUGCAAAUAGACACGGUCACAAAAGGAAAAAGUCGCGCUCGCGUUCACAGAGCAAAUCCAGGGAUCAUUCUGACACUGCCAAGAAGCACCGGCAUGAGCGGGGACACCACAGAGAGCGGCGUGAGAGAUCCCGCUCCUUUGAGAGGUCCCACAAGGGCAAACACCACAGUGGCGGCCGGUCAGGACACAGCAGGCAUAGGCGCUGAGGUUAGCCCUGCACCCUCUCCUAGCUAAGCCUGUAUAUAAUAACAUAGCAGUGGACUCUUAUGUGAGAUCAAAGGAACUGAUCAGCAUUUGAUUAAUUUAAACCCAGUAUCUAAUUUUCUAAAACAUGUAGAAGGCUCUUUUUUUCUUUUUGAGAAAGAAACUUACCAACUUUUGCACAUAAAACCUUAGCAGUAUCGAAUUGGUGGAAAACAAGGAUCAGGUUAAGUUGUAUGUGUUGGAGUUGUGUAUUGUUUAUUGAUACGAGAACUGGAGAAUAGAUCCCUGUAAAAAACACCUUAUUUUUAUACAAGUCAAUUGCAGACACUUAUAUUUAAGUAUAGUUAUUUGUUUAAAUGAUGGUGGAUACUUUCUUACACUGGUUUUAGUCUGCAUGUGUUAAAAAGAUUUUUACAAGAAAUAAAAUAUAAAGCUUUUUUUUGUA